AAGCGCCACAGCGGAAGUGCCGUCCUCGCGCUCCCUACCUUGACGCAGCGGGGCUCAGGUCGGUCCGCGAGCUGACGGCAAGAACCGGGAUCGAACCUACUCCUGUGACGUCACCAUGGCUGCUCAGGCUCUGGUUCUGUACGACUUCACAGCGGAGCCAGGAAACAACGAGCUGUCGGUGAGAGAGGGGGAGACCAUCACUGUGACAGACCAGACUGUGGGUGGAGGCUGGAUCCAGGCCCAGAACUCCAGCGGACAAACCGGCCUUGUACCUGAGGGAUAUUUACAGAUCAGAAACACUGGUGGUGUUGGAGGAGGCGGCGACCUGAGCUCGGGGGGCGGGGCUUUUGUCAGUCACACACAGGGAUGGGACAGUCGAGGAUACAAUCCCACACAGCACGUGUCCCUAUCAGCUGUUCAGGAUGAUGACGGCGAGUGGGACGACGAAUGGGAUGACCAGUCGGUGAGCAGUUACCAUGACAACAACCAACCGGAAGGGGAGGCCGGAGCCUCAGGACGAAGCGCCCAUGGACCCAGUGUUAAGAUCUCCCUCAAUAAGUUCUCGUUCUCCAAAGGUCCGAGUCCAGAAGUCUUUAUGUUAGCCCGACCGCCGGCUGACAGCAGAGAGAGGCUUCCUGUCUACAUGGGAGAAGUAGGUCCCGUCUGGCUGUACCCGACGUCUCCUCUGGACUGUGUGAUUGCUGAUCCAAAGAAAGAGUCCAAAAUGUACGGACUGAAGAGCUUCAUCGAGUACCAGAUAACACCCAAUACAACCAACAGCCCUGUCAAUCAUCGCUACAAGCACUUUGAUUGGCUGUAUGAGCGUCUGCUGGAGAAGUUUGGGUCCAUACUGCCCAUCCCCUCACUGCCUGACAAACAGGUGACAGGCAGGUUUGAUGAUGACUUCAUUAGGAUGAGGAUGGAGGGUCUGCAGGCCUGGAUGACUCGGAUGUGUCGGCACCCCAUCGUCUCUCAGAGUGAAGUCUUUCAGCUCUUCCUCACCCACAGAGAUGAGAAGGAGUGGAAGGCGGGGAAGAGGAAGGCAGAGAAAGACGAGACGGUGGGUCCAAUGAUGUUCAGUUUGGUUGAACCUGAAGCUGCAGAGCUCGAUGUCAUCCAGGUUGAACAGAGGUGUGAACACUACAGCCGCUUUACAAAGUCCAUGGAUGACGGCGUCAGAGAGCUGCUGAACGUCGGGCACGCGCACUGGAAACGCUGCACCGGACCGCUUCCUAAAGAGUAUGAGCGCAUCGGCCAAGCCUUCAGAAACCUGUCAACUGUAUUCAUCACCAGCAAAUAUCCAGGCGAGGCGACGUUGACUGACGCUCUGACGGCUGCUGGAAAAACCUACGAGGAGAUUGCUGAGGUCGUCGCCCAGCAGCCUCAGAAGGACCUCCACUUCCUGUUGGAGACUAACAGCGAGUACAAAGGGUUGCUGGCAUGUUUUCCAGACAUCAUCGCUGUACACAAGGCUGCUGCAGAUAAAGUGAAGGAAGGUGAUCGUUUGGUUUCUGCAGGAAAAAUGAACAACAGCGACAGGAAGUGCAUGAACCAGCGGCUCAGCUGCAUGAGCUACGCCCUGCAGGCUGAGAUGAACCAUUUCCAUAGCAACCGUAUCUACGACUACAACCGAGUGAUGCAGCUUUACCUGGAGCAGCAGGUCACCUUCUACCAGCAGAUCGCAGAUAAGCUGAGAGAAGCUCUGAGCCAGUUCACCACGCUGUGAGGACGCCGCCGCCACCAUGUGAUGUCACAUGUGACAUCACAGCCUGAGUCACUGUUAACAAAAUAAAAGCCUCAUAAUCUU